AUGGCACAGAUAGACAGACUAACGACGCUACUCUGCAUCUGUCUGAUGUUCGCAGAGACCUGGUCAAUAGACGCCAGUUUCACAAAUCCAAAAAUUGGCGUUGUAGAGAAAACAUCUUUGUUUGAGCGCGGGGUUGACCUUUCUGUCCUUGACGACGUCAUCACCCGUCUGUCGCGAGAGGAUCAUAAGACCAUGGAACAACAUGCCCGGGUGCUACUUGCUGGCAGAAACACAACGGUGAUUAUGGGCGACAUCACGUUCAUUAUCAAUUCAAAUUGA